AGCACAUACUUCUCCACAUAGAACGGACAUAAGAGAGGGGAUCAUAUGAGUUAUUUUGAGUUUUUCUUCAUCUGAGGCUGAAGUCCCCAAGUGAAGACUGUCACCCGUUGAGCCCCUGAGGUGGUGACCAGCUGACAUCACAGGGGACGUCAGAGGUUUGUUAAAGGUCAUUGAAACUGAAAUUGACUUUGACUUUCUAAAUCUAGGGCAGGGUUCAUUCCAUGACUGCAUCCAUCUUGGUAUUCCGUGGCUUCCUUUUCUUGUUUCCUUGUCUCCUUUCCUACACUGAUGUAAAAGAACAGGAACAGUUGAAAUCAGAUUCAAAGUGAGGAGCGCCGAUUUGUAUUCACCACCUAUCCUUUGUCUCUUCGGGUCAGCCCAUGUGAAGAGGAGACGAGGUAGCCAUGUGGUAGGGAGCGUUGGGCAAGUGACUGAAAGGUUGCUGGUUCAAAUGCCCAAGCCGACUCGGCAGAAAAAUCUGUAACCCUAAUUGCUCCUGUAAAUGCUCCUGGAUAAGAGUGUCUGCUAAAAAUGUUUUUAAAUGAAGCCCUUCCCCACUACUGAGAUACACCCCAGAGUUCUGUUUUCUUGGCUACUCGUGGGGUCAAAGCUGAGCUCUUUAGGUCAUCCAAGUGCCGUCUUAUCUGCUUUUAUAGGUGGGGAAUAUGGUUUGAUAUGAAUUGGAAAAUGUUUGCCCAAUGUGCAUCGGAUUUUUUCAUUUUAAUUUCACUCUACAUUAUAACAACUUAAUAUCAUAAUAAACGCGGAUUACAAAGGGUCCAUGUUAGCACCAGUUAUAAACAGGGCUACCCCAUUGUCCACUAGUGAUUGGUAAUGUCGACCCAGCAGUGCUCAGUGAACAAACUACAUGCAAGUGCUAUUUCUUUAGUCUAAACGUGACAGCCAGGCUGUUAUUGCGAAGCAGCAAUGGCUUUAAUUACGAAACAGAAAUAUAUAAUAGUCUGCUACACGUGACGGAUCUAGUCACAGCCUCUUUCUCAAUAAUCCUAUACUUGCUUUUCAAAGACGGAUCAAGAUCGAUCUUCUCACGUUAUCUAACUUGGCACACACUUAUUUAUAAACCACCUUUUCUUCUCUUCCUCGUGUGAAGUCCACUGUACAUUCUGUGGUGAAGUGGGUGUGUUUUGGGGGGCGAUGCAAAUAUCCCUCAGUUGGUAUAAAUAGUUUCUCUGCAAGCAUUUCCCUCAGGCCAGUGGAUGCAUCUGAACUGAGCUGAUCUAAAAGACACACAUUCAGCACAAUGGUUUAUUUUGUAGGGUUGGUUGGCUUGCUUCUCAUCUUGACUGCUGAAGCCAGAGUUGGGAACUCCUCUGAGUCUAGCUUCUGCACCGAGUCAAAGGAAUGUCUGCUGUAUGAUCUGGUGUGCAAGAAUGACGAUUAUGAGGUGCGCCACUAUGACUCGGUGAAAUGGGUGUCGACAGACGAGGAAUGCUACUUCAUGGACAAGGCCACUUACACUGCCUUCCGGAGACUCUUCAAAUACAUCACCGGAUCCAACAAGGCUGGCGUCAACAUUGACAUGACAGCUCCGGUGACUGUCAAAAUUGAAGAGAAGAAGAAGAUGUGGGCGUCAUCUGUCUUCACCAUCAGCUUCCUCCUGCCGUCUGACUAUCAGAUGAUUCAUCCCCAACCCACUGAUGACAAGGUAUAUUUUACAGAGACGCCAGACAUGAAAGUGUACGUGAGGAGCUACGGUGGAUGGAUGAUGUCUUUGACAUCCAGUGUAAACUCUAUGCUGCUGAAAAGGCAGCUAGACAAAGUCCAGGCCACCUACAACAAAGACUACCACUAUGCUGUGGGAUAUGACAGCCCAAUGAAGAUUCUGAAUAGGCACAACGAGGUGUGGUACAUGGUUGAGGGAGAGCCUGUGUGCCCUACCUCCUCCUAAACAUCCUCCUCCAUUACUGCUGAGUCUGGCAUAACCACUUUGAGGAGGACCAAUGGGAGGUGCAUGGUAGACUGAGAACAUCUGAGAAAAUGUGGUUUGGGGGCAACAAAGAUAUUAACUAAGACAUGUGUCUCUGAUCUGGUGGCACUAUAAUCCAAAAUCAAUAUGCCACAUACUAUAGAGUGUAUACAAACUGAUGUCUUAGAAUUUGCUCAUACUUAUUCAGGGUUCAGUUUGUUAGGGAGGUGACUAGCACCCCUGAGACCUGUGAUUCGAACUCUAUACAUAGAGGUUCUAACGAUGUGGGGUGAAUGUAGACAGGGAUAUGUUUGUACUAAAUAACUGGUUUCAUUUGUCAAAAAGGAAAUUACUUUUCACAAACUACAACAUUCAAUGUUGGACAUGAUAUGGAUCUUUUUCUCAUUAAAAUAUGAAUAAUGUC